UGCCUGCUCGGAAAACUACGUUGUUUGUGAUCACACCGAAACACGUGCGUUUUCUGUGUUCGUGCAACUGAAAGUUAUUGGAAAAAAUAAACAAGUUAAACAUGGUUUACGUUGAACCGGCACUCCCGCGCGGGCCCAGUCGGCCAGUCGUUAAACAUAAUCGAGUGAAAAAGCACAAAACACCCAAAAGCCAUUUUGGAGCCAAAAGCUUACCGGCUGAGCAAAAAGCGCAGCGGUUGCGCCCCAAGGAGCGAUGGCAAGCGAUGCAAAGCGAAAAGGAAAUGGAGGAAGAGCAGCUUCAGCAGUGCUUCAAAGCAUCGAACCUGGUGUUUGGCAAAGUGCGUGCCGGCAUGCUCCUGCUGGGCUGCGUGAAGCAAAUCCGUGCAACGGAGCUGCUGAUUUCGCUGCCCGGUCGUUUAAAUGGCAUUGUGCAGAUAACGAACAUUUCGGAGGCCUACUCGAAACGGCUGGAGUACAUGUACAACACCCGAUCGACCGAUUGUCCCACGCUGGGCGAUUUGUACACCGUUGGCGAUCUGGUGUACAUGAAGGUGCUUCGAAAGGUGAAGGACCGCCGACAGAUUUACCUCACGCUAGAUCCAACCAAACUGCACAGCGACUUUAAACCAGCGCAACUCGUCGAGGGGCUAGUGCUGGCGGCCACAAUUACCGUCAAGGAGGACCACGGCUACACGAUGGACAUCGGCGUGCGCAACGUGCGCGCCUUUCUGCCGCAAGAACAUCUGAACGGAAACCCGGACGAUGAGGGUCGCAAUCUGUUCUGCUCAAUCCACUCGGUGACCCCGUCCGGCUCGGGAGCGGUCGUAGUGCUGAAAGCAUUCCGUCCCAACGAACCACGUGUGCUGAAUGUGGAGGAGCUUGCCGUGGAGACGAUCGUGCCCGGCUGCCAGCUCACGUUUACCGUUGGCGAACCGGUCGAGUACGGGUUGCGCGGUAUGUUGUUUGAAGAUUCGAUCACUGCGUACGUUAACCGGAACAUGCUUACCAAGGUGACGAGCAAUCCGGAGAAGUACAGCAUGUUUAAAACACUGCCCGCCACGCUGCUGUACGUGAUGCCGGUCACCAACGAGGUGUUUGUUUCCCUGCGACCGUAUCCCAACAAUCGGGCAGACUGUUACCAAGUGCAUAAGGUGGGUAGCAUUAUAGAGAACGCACGAGUAAAAUGUACGGACGGUGGCGGAGUGUGGCUGGAAUUCGACAACAAAUGUCGCGCGCUGCUUCCGAUAGGUAUUAUAAGGAAGACGGCUGAAGCUGCGGCGAAAGGUAAUGUCGACGAGAGCGUCAUGCUGAGCAACUUUCAAGUAGGUACCACCCAUAGGGUCGGUGUGGUGUACUUUGAUCCGCUCGAGAACACCUACAUUGUCAGCAACAGCCCUGACCACGCGGAAACGAUGAUACAGGAUUCGUUCGAUGUCGAAAUCGGCAAGACGUACAAAUGCCGCGUAUUGCAGCUGCUCAGCACGGGAGCUCUGGUGGGGGUUGGUCGUGCCACUGGAAUCGUCAAGUACGAAUUCUUUAAUCGCGACAGUAACCUUAAAGUGCGCGAUGUCGUCCCAAUGCGUGCAGUGUGCCGUGCGCUGGAAAAUGACUUCCUCAUGUUUACCAAUCAACCGAUGCUGCUGAAUGAAAAAGCAUCCAUUCUGAUGCACUGGAGCCAGCUGGAUAGAAACCGCAAGGAUCAGAAAUUUGUCGGUGCUGUUUCGCAAAUAAGGAAAUCGUAUGUGUGGGUACGGUUCUUCAACAACCUAUCCGGUAGAAUAGAUACAUCCCUUACCGUUGCUGGACAGGACGAGGCCGAGGUAGCUAAGCUGCGCCAGGGCUCGAUAAGGCUGUUUACCGUGCUCGAUUUCAACGAGGAUGCGAACAUAAUCGAUUUGGCGUUGAAACAAACCGAUCAGCCAGUACGCACCGCUCAGCUGGCGCGUGUUACCGUUAGCUACGUCCACGCUACCGGUGCCGAGGUGCUGACAGAGAACGGCGAGCAGGGAACGAUCCCCGCCGAAUGUUUCUCCGAGUUUGGCGAGCACAACUCGCUGUACAUGCGUUUGUUGCGCGGAGGAGAAACGCUAACCGCAGUGAAGACCAACCCGGAGACGUACAGCGCACGUUUAACGCAGUACUAUCAGGAAAAUCCCAUUGCCCUGCAGUCCGUGCGCGCGGGCAUGGUAUUGAAGGGGAGCUGUGUCACGGUGAACGGUAAACCUUAUGUUACUCCGCUGCUAAGCGAUUUCCACGGGCGAUUUCCAGUGCACAUCCCUCCGAAAUGCCACAAGAUUGAGGAUGGAAGCAUCAUUAAGCUUCGUGUGGCGCAUCUUAACCCGACUCCCACUAAAGGUCCGGCUAUGAAGGUGGAAACGGAGAUGGCUGAAGUGUGCGAAGACAUCUUUACCGAGAUCGGUUCCUUCAUGGGCGAAUACCUGCAGGAUGUAAACCGCUUAAUUGAAAGGUUCCGAGAGCUGGACCAUACCUUUGCGCACUACUCCAUCGGGGAUCCGGUCGAGUGUGUCAUCGAGAGCACCGUUGCCGAGUGCAACAAAAUGGCCGUGGAGGUGCAGGCGGUCGGCAAGCGGGCUAAAUAUCCGACGAAAGGCAUCGUCACUACGGUGCUGCCGAAGCGGCCCGCCUCGUCCUACAAGGUCGGGCAACAGGUGCCCGGUCGGGUCGUGUGGAUCGACGUGGAACGAAAGCUGGUGCACGUCUGCGUGGACGAACCGUUGUUCCCGCGCAUCGUACUCCAGCAGGAAGACGAAGAAGAACCGGACAUGGACGUACAGCGCCAGUGCUGGGUACUGUUUAGCAACCACUACGUGAACGUUUGCUGCGUACAAUCCGAUCCACCGUGUCCCUUGGUAAUAGUGCCGGUAAAGCAUCAUUACAACGAUUUCGUUGGCAACAUACUGUCCACAAACACUGUCGAAGCACAGUUCGUGAAAUCGCUUGGUUCGAUGAUUUUGGCAUUGGAAACAACGUCCUACAGUGCGUACAAUACAAAUGAUAAAACCAUUGGUGGGAAAGUUGGGAAGCUGGCAAAGGGUAAAAAACCUCAAAAACAGUUCGACAUGAAGCAGAAAAUGAUCCACGCAAUGUCAAAACAGAAGCAAUUUAAGCACAUAAUCGCCAGCGAAGCAAAACAAAAAACACUGAAGAAAAAAGAAUCUACCGUGGAUGCCCCGAAAAUCAAGCAGAAGAAAGCGGCAUCUAACCAAAUGCCGACUAAAAAGGGCAAGAAGCGGCAGCAAGAGCAGCAGAAAGAUCAACAGCAGCAGCAGCAGCAGCAGCAGCAGCAGAAAAAGCAGAAAAAGUCCAAACUAAAGAAAAAAACAACAGACAAAGGAUUUACUAUCGAUCAGCUGGACGGGUGUUCCGAUAUCUACUUCCAUCAGCUAGAUGGUACGGAAGACACCCAGACAACCGGAAAGAAGGCGGUAAAGCGUCGAAACCAGGAGUCUACGACAGCCCACGGCAAGGGGCUGCCUGGUGCGACCAACUUCUGGGACACUACGCUCGUUUUCAAACGUGCCCAAUCGGACUCGAGUGACGAUGACGACAGCGAUGCCGAGGACCAGGCCGAAACGGUACCGAAAAAGCGUGCAACAGCAUCCGAACGGUUCGAGGCGAUGAAGCAGGAGGAGGCGCGGCUGCGCAAGAUCGAGGAAGAGCUGGCCGAUCCAUCGCUCGAUCCACACACGCCCGACCAGUUCGAUCGGUUGGUGCUGGCCCAGCCGAACAACAGCAUGCUGUGGAUCCGCUACAUGGCGUUCCACAUGGAGUCGGCCGAGCUGGACAAGGCACGGGCGGUCGGCCGGAAGGCGCUGAAGGCGAUCCACUUCCGCGAGAACGCCGAACGGUUGAACGUUUGGAUUGCGCUGCUGAAUUUGGAACUUCGCUACGAAACGAUCGACAGCUUCAAGGAGGUGCUGCAGGAAGCGAUCCAGUACAAUGACGCGUUCAAGGUGUACACGCGCGCGCUGGACAUCCUGAUCGACUGUCAGAAGCACGAGGAGGUGCAAAAGAUACUGGAGCAGUUGCUGAAAAAGUUUCGCAAGCAGAACGACAUGUGGUACCUGGUGGCCGACGCGUGGUACCGUAUCGGGCAGGGCAGCAAGGUGAAGCCGCUUCUCAGCCAGGCAUUGAAAUCGUUGUCAACCAGGGAUCACAUUCCUUUGAUCCUGAAGUUUGCUUUCCUGCACAAUCGCAACGAGAACCGGGACGAGGCGCACCUACUGUUUGAGCAAAUUCUAACCUCAUACCCGAAGCGCACUGACAUUUGGUCCCAGUACGUCGACAUGCUGGUGAAGGACAAUUUGGUGGAAAACGCACGGCAAAUUCUGGAGCGGGCGAUUAUGCAGCGGCUGCCGAUGAAGAACAUGAAAACGCUCUACACCAAGUUCGUCAACUUUGAAGAGAAGCACGGCGAUCGGGAAAGUGUUCGGCGUGUGAAACAUUUGGCCGCCGAGUACGUGCAGGCGCAGCUGAACAGUGCUGGUGUGAAGUAAUUGGUAAGAGCAGUACAACCGGAGCUUUCUUUCUUUUCUUUUGUAGAUUUAUUACGUGUAUGCACUAAUAACAUUUGCAAAUUCAAAUAUGUCGAAAUAAAUGCGAUUUAUAUGUACCACUUAUACAUAUAUUCAAAGGAUCGAAUGGUUAAUGUAUAUUUAU